UGAUUAUACCAUCUGAGUGUCAACAGCGAGCUGUACAAAGUGCUUGUGAAGGAGCUAACCUGAACUCUGGAAAGUCAAUUUUCUGGUAAUGCUGACUGUAGAGCUGCAUGCAUGGCGAUCAAACACCUUGGGAUGGGUAGAAGGCCUUGGGUAUGAGGAAUUUUUUUGUAGUUCACAUUAUCAGCUUUCUCACCAAGACGGUAAUAUUUUUUUCUAAAAAUUAACUAGUGACGCAUUAUUCAUCUGUUUAGUCUUGGCGUGCAGUUGCUUCUUCAUGCAAUUGAGACCUUCAAUGCAAAUGUUAUUGUGCUCUUGGGACAGGUUAUAUUCUUUAUGUUACAAUUGACCUCAUAUUUUACUUGAGAACCUGUAAUAUGCAUGAAUAACUUCUGGCUGAAAGCGAAUCCUUCCCUUUGCCACUCUUGGUUUUGAGUAAACGUUUUGAUAUAUAAAUGUUUCUGGUUUAAAAUUUGCUCAAAGAUUCAGCUAAGUACAUAACAGCUAUGCGACUUAUGUGCAUAAAAAUCCAUCCUCUGUUUAUGGUGGUUGUGAUAUUAUUAAAUCCUUAUCUUAAUUAAACCUAUUUUUUUGGUUGUCAAUUUUGUCCCUGUUCUAGUAGGAGUUCAGAUUGGAACAUUAAAUAAAUAAAAGCAUUGCUGGCAAACAUCAAGUGAAUUCCUGAAAUGCACCAGCUUGUACAUGGAAGCAUAGGGAAGUCUUGCUUUCUGAAUUAUAGACCAAAUUUACACAUGCAUAAAUUACAAUCUCUUUAGGCUGUUUUUGGUUGUGGGCUAGAAAUCCCAGGAUUGAUAUCCUUUAGCCUUGGUAUCUCACAAGAUUCUCUUAUCCCUGGGUCAAGGAAAAAUUGCUAUCUGGUUGGGAGUUGGUGAGGUUAACUGAAAAGGUGGGAAAAGAGAUGAAAGGGAAGUUAGCCUGGAAGAGAGGGCUAAUGUUGUCGAGCAGGCGCUCUUUAUUCCCCCAAAAAAUAGCAGCAUUUGGCAGGAUAGUGGGAUAACCCAGCCAUAUUCUGCUGUUAUCCCGCAAUCAAGUGCAGCCUUUGAAAUGCUUUAAUAUUUUGAAUUUCAGAAAAUGCUGGCUGACUGAUGUCUGAGAGCGUACCUUCAGCUAAGGUCCUUGAUUGAAAAAAAGAUGACAUAUAUUGAUGUGAUAAAUCUUAUAAACAUUGUUGUUUAAAUCGUUCUUGGAUUCACUGUGUUCUGUUGGUCCAGAAAGCUUAUGUUGGGUGGUAAAUAGGUUGUUCCGAGUCUUGAUGGAUGUUAGUUUAGCUAGUUCUAGUCAUGAUUAGGUUUUGGUUAUGGAGAUGUUUACAUUAUAACUACAGUUAGGUACUUCUUUUUUAUGUUUUGCCAAUUAAUUCAGGAAGAUUACCUUAUUAUUUUCAAUAAUGAUCUCGUCUGACUAUCCAAUUUCAAAUCUUUCUAGAAACUUUAUAAUGUUUCACUACAAAAUUCCCAAUUUUAUAGAAGAUCUCGUGUAUAAAUUCGAAAUGGAUUUUCUUUGCAGGAGAUCUUUUACAGGCUUGCCUUUAUCUCUGCAUUCAAAUAUUGUGAAUUUCAGUGAUAUUUCUGUCUACCAUAUUAGUGAUGGUCCAUGGGCACCCCAAUCUGCACGCCCUAUAGGUGCAGAACCUGUUGGAGACCCUACUUGGUUGCCGUUAAAUAAACCAUGACUUACUCCAUCUAGUUCUGGCUGUUUCAUAUGCAAAGGAACCUGAUUGAAUCAUCUCCAGCUAUAUAUUCUUGGUUGCUUAUUCAUAUCAAAAUAUCUGUCAUACUACUCAGUCAAUCUGCAUAGCUCAUACUGCCAGGUCUCAUUGGAUCCAGGAACCCCGAAGGUGUUCAUGCAUCUGAGAUACAUAUCCUACAGUUUUAAAUAAGGAACCAAGAUACUGGACUUCUACAUUACAGUUGUGGUAACUUUCAUAUGGUCAUAAAUUUUAGCUACAUAAACUAAAAAUUGGCUUCUUCUCAGUUAUAUUACCAUUUUCCCUGGCACUGGUUGGUAUGAAGAAUAUGCGAAACUGAAAGUCUACUCUUCCUCUAGACCUCUACUGGAUUUCCUGUGGGCAUUAGUAAAAUUUUAGUUGGUGAUUCGAGACAAUGCCAUAAAUCUAGAUACUAGAAAGAUCUAGUGAGCAUAGCAUGAGCGGGACGGCUAAUACUGGAGUUCUUCUGAUUUGCUGGUUCAGAUGCAGGUUUUUUGUACCUUGAGCUACUUCACAAUUAACUUUCCUGGAUCUGCUAAACUCUUGAAAUUAUACCAUGAUAUGUCUAUGUUGGUGGCAGUGUGGUAGAGUCAAGUCAUAUUCUUUCUUCUUACUGAAUCUUAUCAAGAAAAGGAGCAAUUUGUAUGUAAUAAACAUGGAUAUCGAGUGCAUUAUGAGAUGACAGUGUUUUCUUUUUACUGAUCGUGCUGGAAUUUUUUGUUAAAAUGCGUGCACGUUGGCUCAGGUAUCAAGGAACAUGGAGCUGGGUUGCUUUUGGGUCAGAGCCACUGUGUAGAGAUGCUUUUACAUACUGAAUCAUUACACUACUUUUCAAGGCGUCAACCCAGCGAUAUCAAGCAGAGAAACAUUAAAUCAUGUAUGAACGAGUGGGAUAUUUGGACACGGACGUGGGGCAGCCGGAGUUCUCCCCUCCCGGCUGCCUCUCUCUUCAUCUCGUCGACGAGAUUAAUCCAGAUUUGAAGAAUCCGUGCAUAAGGCCACCUGAGAGGUGCUUCUUCUAUGGUGAUAUUUCUUCAAAAAGAGAUCCAAAUGCUUAUUUAAAAUGCAUUUUCAGUUUAUAUGAUUACUUCAUAAAGGAGCAUUAUGACCCUAACGAGAUCGGUAGUCCUGGAAAAUCAAUGUUACCUCUAAUUAUUAACACUCCUGGAUGGGUGAAAGGUACUGGUUUUGAUCUUUUAGUGGAAAUGUUAAGAUAUAUCUCUCCCACUCAAGUGGUUCAGAUACGCAUCUCAGUAGAGAGCAAGAAUCUUCCAACUGGCACAUUUUGGUUGGAUGGUGAACAAAAGGGACCUGUUGAUUUGAUUGACAUCUUUUCAGCACGUCAGGAUUCUUUAAAUAGAUCGGUGUUGAUUCAAAAAGAUGCAAAAGUUAUGCGAGAUCGUCAUCUUUUUGACUACUUUAGGCAAUGUUUUCCAAGUGACCUGAAUAUUGUAACUAACAAGGAACUUGCUCAUGCCUUGGCUUCCCUCCCUCCUUAUGAAGUUCCUUUAUCAAGGCUAAAAGUUAUGCAUCUCCACUGUCAGGUUCCUAGUAACGAAGUUUUUCACAGUCUAAAUGCCACAAUAGUUGGCUUGGCAGUUAGUUCUGAUGGGCCUGCAAAAUCUCAAUACUGCAUACCCUGGUGUGUCGGACUUGGCAUUGUGAGAGGGAUCGACAGAUCAAAAGGUCUAGUAUAUGUGAUUACACCUGUUCCUUAUUCAAGUCUACGAAAGGUUGAUCUUCUUCUACAGGGCUAUAUUGAAAUCCCAACUGGUUUGCUGCAGGUAAUCCCGCUGAAGUACGUGGAUGCAUAUCCCCUUAUAUGUCUACUAAGGUGCUGCACAAGGUAUCAGAUAAAGAUCUAUAGGGGGGAGCAACUCUUGCCUCGACAUUAAUUACAAGAUAUUAAUGGAUACUGUAUCGUUAGUUAACUCAUCAACAAUUAUAGAAGCUGGAAUUGUAUCAUCAGCACUGAUGCACUAGACGGCAUAGGUUAUCAACCGCUGCCUUGCUCUUGCCAAAAGGAAAAAAGAAAAACCACGGCCUUGUUUGCAUGCAUCGUCUUGUACCCUGUUAGCCUCUUACAACCAAAAACAUGUAGCCUUAUUUCAGUUAUUUGAGAACAGCUUUAUGAAUCCUUAUUGUUAAAUAUUCCUACUGAAAGCUACCUCAGUAUAAUUCCUGUUGGUCAAUGUAAGACUUCAUUAAUUUUUCUAUAGUUGAAAUGUUUUUUUUAAUUUCUA